AUGGUCAAGCUGUUUUCGAGAAAGAUCGACCAGCUGGCGGAGGGAGCAGGUGUGGGAGGGGGUGCCGACCACGAGGGAGGAGGCGAGAAGACGGGACGCGUCGUGAUUGAGUAUAGCGUCGAGGAGGAGGAGGAGAUCGAGGAGGAUACAUCGAGGCAGGCUCAGCACGGGGCGAGCGGCCCGGGCGGCGAUGCGAACCAGGACGAGGACUCAAGCUCGGGAACGAGCUCCGGCUCGAGCUCGAGCGAUGAGUCGGCCGAGGACGACGGCGAGGGCGCCGGACAUAGAACGGAGCGUACGGGGGAGCACGGAGUGGCGCUCGGGGAGCGGGUGGACGAGCGAGUAGAGCUUAUCGAGCAGCAGGCGACAGGGGAAACUAAGGCUGUCGAGGAGCAGGAGGGCGGAGCGGCUGCUCAGGAGGGUGGGGUCGGAGGGCAGCGGCAGGUGGUGGGCGAGGCGGCUGCGCAGGAGGGCGGGGCAGGAGGGCAGCAGCAGGAGGGCGUGGCGGCUGCGCAGGAGGGUGGGGCAGGAGUGCAGCAGCAGGCGUUUAGGGUUGCGGCUGCGCGGGUGGGUGGGUCGGGAGGGCAGGAGCCGGAGGACUGGGAGGCUGCUGAGGAGUAUCGUCGAGGAGAUGAGCGACAGGCCGCCGUAACAAGGAGUCACCGCACGGCUAGUGGCAGCGGACAGGCGGGCCCUUCGACCGGGUGGCCUUCGACGGCAGGCCAAUCGACGGCGAACGUUGCACUGGGAGGCCAGGUCGUCGAGGCUGUGAAGGGUGUCACGGCAGAGAGGAACCUGUUGGAAGGGGCGCGGGCGAAGAUCGACGAGAUGAGCGGGAAGAUCAUCGAGGGGGUGGCAGCCGCCAUCACAAAAGCGAGCGAGGACGCCGUCGAGAAGCAGCUCAAGCAGGUCGAGGAGCGGCUGGUUGCUGCGGUGCUGAAGGGUUUCGAGAAAGCCAUCAUGGAGGACAUGUUCUGCUCCACCCUCCCACCCGAGACCAUGAAGGAGCUGAAGGACAUUGUGAGGGAAGGCUACCAUGAAGCCGAAGCAGGGAGGUUGGAAGUCCUCACCGAAGCGAUGGCGAGAGGUUUUCAGCGCUCGACGGGCCCGUCGACGAGGUCGCGUCAGGAGGGUGUGGGAGGGGUUCGCAGCGGGGCUGAGCCUCGUGGUCACGAGCGGUCGGUUCCUCCGUCUUCUUCGGUGGGAGGACAUGUCGGCAGCCCGGUUGGAUCCCCACCGGCGCGUGGCCGUCAUCCCGUCGCCAAGCCCGUCGAGGAAGUCAUCGUACUCGACCAGUCGCCCCGCCCGAAGACCUCCGUAGCGGCUCCGAUCGAUCCACCUGAUGCGUUUGCUUCGAUGCGGGACAUGCUGCAAGGCCUGGGGAAAACGGGUGGGAAAGCAGUGGUCGCGGGGGAGAAAAGUGGUGCCCCGAACGAGCACGUCGCCUCGACCGGGAACAGAGCUGUAGGAAUGCGAGGUGCCUCUACCCCGUCAGGCGGCGGUGCGGGGAAAGGAGCGGGAGAAGCAAGCGCUGGGUUGCUGUCGAAGACUAAAGCGGCAUCAGGUGCGCAAGGCGGUGGUGCUGGCCUUGCUGUCGGGCUUGUGGGAAAUUGGGCAUCUUCCUCGAACCCUCCAGUUGCUCCUGUCGUCGCUGCUCCGUCCCUAGGCAACGUUUGUCUUAGCGAUCCGGGCUCCCCUUCAACGUCGAAGAAGAAGCCGGCUGCGACGAAGUCGUCGAAGCGCGCUGCACACGCGACAGAGAGCCUUGACGUGGUGGAGCUGGCCAGCGUCCCUGGUCAGGCGCCUGUCGAGAAGACCUCUAUUGUCGUUGCUGCUCGACAGGAAAAGGCGAAGAAGGCCAGGGUCACGGGUCACACCCCACCUCCUCGACCGGACGACCAAGGCAAGACGAGAGGCUGCAAACGUCCGUUCAAAGGACCGGGUUUCGGGUUGCGGAAGGGGAAGCCGGUUUUCGAGCAGACCGUCGGCGGGAGGAAGCGGUUCCUUGGCACUUUUGAAACAGAGAAGGACCAGAAGUUCUGUACGGCCGUCUGCUGGCGCGUGUACUUCCCCGACGUUGUCCUUACGGAGUACGAAGGGUACACGGCGCAGGAUGAGGAGGACUGGAAGGUCUACCUCGAUGCGGCCGCAGAAAUGCCAACCGGCGUUUGGAGCGUGGCGCAAGAACAAGGGGAAUGUCGUUUCGACGAUUACCUGUCGCUGUUGGCGACGGCAAAAAAGGAAGUGAAAGCUGGAACCGAGAGGGGAAUCGCGCUGUGCGUGGCGAUUGGUAAGGUCGCGACGCUUGGCCUGAAGCACGGGAAUCUGAUUUACCCGGUCCCGAAGGGCAUGGCGGCGACACCGCACAUGAUGGCCAUCGCAGCAACUGUGGCGAGCUUGUGGGCGGCUAGCAGGAAGUUGUCGAGGGAGGAUAUUAAGAAGGAUGCCCUAGCUGCCGCAAACGCGGCGAUCUACGCCCCGGAGACUGCAAAGAAGGCUUGUGUGGCUGCCAUGUCCGCACUCGUGUCCAUACUUUUGCACGUCGGCAAGACGUUCCCGGCGAAGCAGUGGCCCGAUCACCUGUAUUCGUCGGCUGUCGAAGGUCUCGGCCCGACGGACGCCAUACUGCUGCAGAUGCUGCGCGUGGCAGCACAGGUCUAUACGCAAUGGUGCUGCUGUCGAGCUGCUGCCCGCUUGCUGGAGGACGCGGGCUAUGGCAGCCUGGCUAUGCCAGAAGAAAAGAGCAAGGCGAAGCAGGGCGACGAGGAUGCAGCUGAGACGGAAACGGGCGGGCAAGGGGAGUAG